UCACCUGCUCGUGCUCCACCUCCAGCACCAGUUAACCAAUCACCCCCUCCUGCCCCUGUUCAGUCUAGUGGUGGUGGAUCGAUUUUUGGAGGUAUUGGUUCAACCAUAGCUCAAGGAAUGGCUUUUGGUACUGGAAGUGUUGUGGCUCACAGAGCUGUGGAUUCUAUUAUGGGUCCCCGCACAAUUCAACAUGAGAUUGUUGGUGCUACUGUUCUAGAUGCCUCUGCUACAAACACCUCUGUCUCUGAUGCUUGUGGCAUGCACUCCAAGGCAUUCAUAGAUGUAUUUCUACAUUCUAAUUGUUAAUAUAUUGAAAGGUUGUUGCUAUCACUCAUAUUACAAUUUACAAACAAACAAUUUGCUAAUCUCUUCAAGUAUUUUUGGAUGUUGUGGAGAGUGUGAAUAUGCUU